UUCCAGGCUCUCAGCAUCAACGCUGCUCGUCUCUUCGAACACGACGACACAGCUCCUACUUCUACUGCAACACCCAGCCCUUGUGCCUGUCAGUGCCGAAGUACCGUUUUUUAAUAAAAAACCUUUGUCAGCCAUCAUGGGACGACGUGCAUUUGCAAACACCACGUCCAGUUCCUCCCAGAAGAGCCAGCCUUCGAUCGCUGCACCCAUGAGGCGAAGCUCUGCGAGGCUUGCACGCAGUUCGUCUGGCGUCCCCUUCAUGCAGCCUGACGAGCAGAAUACAGCCACGAUGACCACAACUUCUGACAAAUCGAAUACGAAAGCUGCCCAUCGCUCCACAAGAACGUCUUUACUACGAACCGUUGAAGUUGUGGUUCCACUUCAAACAGAGUCUCCAUCACUUGCCUCGUCGCUUUCCCCAUCUGCCAAUGUAUCUUCGCGUGGUGAAAGCCUCAACGAUACUCCGGCUACAAGUGUGACGGUUACUCCUGGCGAAUCUGAUACCAAUCGUGACCAGCCUCAGAAACGAAUAAGUGCUUCCACUCGUGCUCAACAACUUCGUGCAAGCGCCUUGUCAUUGAAUUUCCCCAAGCCUACUACUGGGAAGAAGAGAUCUGCUUCUCACAUUUCUAACGAAGGACCGAGCACUGAGCUGUCUGAUGCCGCACUAGCCCAGGAACUGCAACUCCAAGAGUACGAAGGGGUAGAAUCAAAACGCCCUCGACUUUUUGCCUCUGGCAAACAACGAGCUUCACCUAUUCCUGACUCCGAUGAUGAUGAACUUGCAUUCGAGUCCGGUGAGCAGUUGACAAGCGACUCCGACAUCCGUCUGCCUAAUCUACGGCGCCAUUCACGAAAAUCACGCCUUCAAGCUUCCUCAGCAGCCAGCAAUAACAUGUCCCUCUCCGACCUUGAUUCAACUACGGCCAACAUGGUUGAUGCUGCAGAAGAAUAUGUUUAUUCUUCUGACGAUAGUUUGAGUGACCCGCCUCCAUCGGAUACGGACAAUGAUAGACCAAUUUCUAGACGCCAAAGACCUGCAACCUCGGGUCGUCGAGGUGUGCGAGCGCCAAGAACAGCUGGUACAUCUCUUCCAUUUCGUAUGGGUCGCCGGGCCGAAAGAGAACGUAGGAAACUCGAAAACCAACACCCGUCGAUUGUAUCCAUGUGGAAAGAAUUGGAGGAUAAACCACCGAUCACACCGGUGCAGGCCGAACAACCCACCAGCAUAUCCCGCAAGCUCAAAUCAUUCCAGCUUGAAGGCCUCAACUGGAUGAUGCGUCAAGAACAAACACAAUAUAAAGGAGGUCUACUUGGCGAUGAGAUGGGCAUGGGUAAGACUAUUCAAGCGGUCUCUCUUCUGAUGUCAGACUAUCCCGUCGGAAAGCCUUCUUUGGUUGUUGUACCGCCGGUGGCUUUGAUGCAGUGGCAGUCUGAAAUUAAUGAAUACACGGAUGGAAAGCUCAAGGUACUUGUGUACCAUAAUUCAAAUCCUAAGAUCAAGCAUAUGGAGAAAAAGGACAUCCAAAGGCACGAUGUCAUCAUGAUUUCUUAUUCUGGUCUGGAAUCUAUGUAUCGCAAGGAGCUUAAAGGUUGGAAUCGAGACGAUGGCAUCGUCAAGGAAGACAGUGUGAUUCAUUCAAUCCAUUUCCACCGUCUGAUACUUGACGAAGCACACAGCAUCAAGCAACGAACAACGAGCGUAGCGCGUGCAUGCUUUGCUUUGAAAUCUAAUUACAAAUGGUGCCUGUCUGGAACCCCGGUGCAAAAUCGCAUUGGAGAAUUCUUCUCUCUGCUUCGCUUCCUUGAGGUCCGUCCUUUCGCUUGCUAUUUCUGCAAGAUGUGCAAAUGCCAGGAACUUCACUGGUCUCAGGAUGCAGAAAAGAAAUGUACCCAUUGUAAACAUAGUGGAUUUAGUCAUGUGUCUGUAUUCAAUCAGGAGAUUCUUAAUCCAAUCACAGAGAGAAACAAUGGACAGGCUCGUCAGGAUGCGUUGAAAAAACUUCGUCUCAUUACUGAUAGGAUCAUGCUGCGAAGAAUGAAGAGAGAUCAUACUGCCUCUAUGGAGCUUCCUCCCAAACGCGUGGUCAUUCAUAAUGAAUUCUUUGGUGAGAUUGAGCGCGACUUCUCUACCAGCAUCAUGACAAAUACCACCAGGCAAUUUGACACCUAUGUCAGCCGCGGAGUCAUGCUUAAUAAUUAUGCAAAUAUUUUUGGUCUCAUCAUGCAAAUGCGGCAGGUUGCCAAUCAUCCUGAUUUGAUUCUCAAAAAACACGCCGAAGGUGGACAAAACGUUCUAGUUUGCAGCAUUUGCGACGAACCAGCAGAGAGUCCAAUACGAUCUCGCUGUCAUCACGAGUUUUGCAGACAAUGUGCAAAAGACUACAUGCGAUCUUUCGAUAUCGACUCCAUUGUAGAUUGUCCACGAUGCCAUAUUCCCCUAUCAAUUGAUCUCGAGCAGCCGGAAAUCGAACAAGAAGAGGAUAUUGUUAAAAAGAACUCAAUCAUCAACCGCAUUCGCAUGGAGAACUGGACAUCGUCAACGAAGAUCGAGAUGCUCGUCUACGAUCUAUACAAAUUUCGAAGCAAGAAACAAACACAUAAGUCGAUUGUGUUUUCUCAAUUCACAUCUAUGCUGCAGUUAGUUGAAUGGCGGCUACGUCGGGCUGGGUUUAAUACAGUUAUGCUGGACGGAAGCAUGACUCCCACUCAGCGUCAGAAUUCUAUUGACUACUUCAUGAAAAACGUCGACGUCGAAGUCUUUCUUGUUUCUCUCAAGGCUGGUGGAGUAGCUCUGAAUCUAACGGAGGCAUCUCGGGUUUUUAUUGUCGAUCCAUGGUGGAACCCAGCAGCAGAAUGGCAGAGUGCGGACCGAUGCCACCGCAUUGGACAACGCCGUCCGUGCGUCAUCACUCGACUCUGCAUCGAGGAUUCGGUAGAAUCUCGUAUGGUGCUCCUGCAGGAGAAAAAGGCCAACAUGAUCAACGGCACCAUCAACAAAGAUCAAGGAGAAGCCCUAGAAAAACUCACUCCAGAGGACAUGCAAUUCUUGUUCCGAGGAUCCUGAUUAGCCACUAAGUUGAGGAAAAUAAGGGGAAAAUAGAACACUAGGAACUAUAAAUCGACAAGAGUCGAUGCAAGGGGCGUGAUUUUGCAACCAUUUUCAAGGAAGUAGAGGAGGCGUGAGAUGUCACUACGGAGCUGUGCAAGGAUCGGUUAUUUAUCUUAGUUUCCGAUCGUGGGUUAGAAAAUGAUCGUUCAGUAUUCUUCUUCACUGAAAUUUGCUAUCACAAGUUUUUCUCCUGUCCUUUUCCCUAUUUAUCCUGGGUGAUGAAAAUAUCGUCGGUUCUUCCAGCGUACGAAUACGUAGCCCGCCUUGGCCAAUGGCAGGGAAGCCUGUUG